CUCUAUGUCUUUGUCUUUAAUUAAUCUAUGUCUUUGUAUUUAAUUACUCUAUGUCUUUGUGUUUAUUUACUCUCUGUCUUUAUGUGCUGAAAUUAAGCACAUGCAGAAGGGGUAUUCAGUGUGGGGUUCUUUGAGUGUGGGGGUUUCAAUUUCUGGUGCGGUAGCUGUGGGAGUACAGGGGUUUCAAUUUUUGGUGUGGGGGCUAAUUGGGGUUGGGUGUGUGGGAGUACGAUUCUGAGGGUGAAGAGAGGUGCCAUGUCUUAUACUCAAAGAAUGCAGCUCAUUAUUGAUAUGCUCUCCAGAAUCUAUACUGCUGGUUUUGGAACCUACAUUGUUGGUUUCUUUGUGGCACCUAUGGCAAAAAUGUUAGAUAUGGGAUGGACUUCCGGUGGAAUGUUGGUGAACUACUCUGUUCUAUGGCUUGUGGCUGUUCAAAUCACUUGUGGCAGUCCCUUUCAUGUACACUGCGGUUAUUUGUCUCCCUUUUCAUGGGGGUUGUUUUCCUUUUCUGUUUUGUUUGUCUGCUAGUUGAUUGCUUAUCAACCGGCUUUUCGAUUUUUUUGGCUUGAUAUUUUUGGAUAGGUGCCAACCUUGUUGAAAAGUAUCCAGUGCGUCUUGUUGCCAUUUUUUCUUUUGGGACUAUCUCUUGUAUUUUGUUCUCCUCUCUCUUAAUAUAUCUUUCUUCUUCGCCAUUCAAAAAAAAAAAAUAUUUUGGGGGCUUUGAUUCUGGUGUUGUGGUUGGUUAUGUGGAGUGCUUGGGAGAUGUUAGGGGCUUCUAUUCUGUCAAUGGAACUCAGCUAGCACGACCAAACUGGUGCUGGAUUUAUAUUACCAUCUGCUAUUUUUGUUGUUGCUUAUUCUGGAACUAAAAGAAUUUGAGUUGGAUUCAUGUUCUCUUUUUUUUGUGAUCAUAAUUUUGAGCAUUUGAUAUACUAUACGAAAAGUAAAUAGUAAAUCAUACUUGAUGAGAAAGAGGUACUAAGAAAGUUUGAGAUCUUUGGAGAAAACCAAUUUUAAACACUACAUUGAACUGCCCUUAACUUUCUUUUAUUUCUUUUAUUAACCUUGUAGAAAAAAGAAGAAAAUCUAAAUAGAUUACAUUACUUAAUCUUUUAAACGUCAACAGCAAUGUAAAUUAACUUUAAUUUAAGGUAUUUUCUUCCCUUAUAUUCAAUGUUCGUUCAAUUUUAUAUAUUGUUUGAUGGUUGGUCUAUUCUUAUUCUUUGUCGUCUUAUAGAUAUGCAAAGACGUCUACUAGAGGUGGAGGACGAGGAGGUCGUGGAAUGACAAGUCAUGGAAUAACUCCUCAUGGUGUGACUACAAGAUCAGUGCUUACUCCUAUUGUGAAAUUUACGCCAAAUAAUGAUGUGACUACAAGAUCAGCAAUUACUCCUGCUGUGUAAUCUAAGCCAAAUAAUGAUCCAGAGCAAAGAACGGUGUGAAUCCUGACCUUCCUGAGACUUGGAAGGAGACUCAUUACAGCCAAAAGAGACGAUGUCAUAGUUUAGAAACUGUAUAUGUAAGUGGAAAACAUCUCAUAAUGUAUUAGUUUUAUCUUCUAGAAAAAUUUGUUUUGAUUGUCUAGGCAUAAUUUACUGUGAUAUUUGCAGAAACAGUUAAAAGAUGUUCAUGAUCAAGCGAUGGCAAAUGGAUUUGUUCCUUUGACAGAUGAGGAGCUCUCAUGUACAGUCUUUGGACCCUUUUCAGGAUACGUACGUGGUUUAGGACAUGGUCCCAAGCCUAGCCUAACAAAAUCUGGCCAAGCUUCUCGGGCGCAACUUAUAAGAGAUGUUGAAGAGGCUAAAGAAGAAGCUACAGCAGUGCAUAAGAAGUGUGAGGAAGCUCUAGUUGAAGCAACACAAGCUCGUACAAAUGCUGAGCAACUAGCAGAAACCAUGGCUAACAUGCAAUCCCAAUUAAAUUUCUUGUUACAGCAAAAUGGUCGCAACAUGCCUUCCAAUGAUGCUAAUUGCUCAACGAAUGAUGGUGAUCUUUUUGUGGAUGAAAAUGCAAUGGAGUACUAGAUGGGAAACCAAUGAUGUUUGGAGGACAAAGCCGCUUUUUACCUUUUGUUUUUUGGGACUUCUAGAUGGAAGAAGGAUACUUGAAGGAUGCAAUUAGUUUCUGGUACUCAACAGUACAUAAUUUGGUAUUUCAUUGUUGCCUUUUGUUUAAAGGACUUCUGGUACUUGACAAUAUGAUAUAGUACUUCAUUGUGGAGGAUAUUGGAAGGAGGCUUUUGGUAUUUAACAGUACAUAAUAUAGUACUUCAUUGUGGUUUUUGUAUAGAUACUUGAUAUUAUGUUUUGGGAAUUGAGGUAUCAUGUUUUGACAUUGAGAAUUGU